AUGAACAACAGCACGGAAGCCCCCUAUUCUACAGAGAUAAUAGAUGCUCGCAAUCACAAAUGGCUGCGAUUUUAUGGAAUAACCAUUCAGGAGUAUCAAAAAAAUGUUAAAAAUGGGUGGAAAAGCCGUCUUUUUAUACAGCAGGGAAUAACACCUAUAUUUACAAAAAUAGAGCACUACCUAAAAGAGAAUAAAAUAGCCCAAGGUGAGAUUUUUUCUUUUGAAACAGUCCAUCCAGUAUUCAGAACAUAUUUUAAAAAAUUAUACAAUAAUAUACCAUAUAGGCAAAGAGCAAAGUUUAACAAGCCUGAAUUCUAUAACUUUAAGGCACAUCCCAAUUUCCACUUUUUUAUAACAAGCAUAAAUGCAGUAAUGAAACCAAUAAUGGGCUAUAUAUUGUGUAUUUUACUACUAAUAUUUCUCAAAGAGUUAAUUUUAGGAGGUUUUUCCAUGUCAAUGAAGUAUAUUUAUUCUGAAUAGAAUAAUGCCGAUUUCUUAUAACAAUAUUUCAGUAUUGGGUAUAUUGUAUAUAUAUAAUUGAAAGACAAA